AUGCUAGAGUCGUCUGCAAAUACUAUCUCAGUCUAUUCGCCCUUGCAAUCUGGCUCCGAUCAUCCUCUGGAGUCUUCGAAGAGUGGCGUCGAUAUGAGCCACUCAUUCGGAAAAGAAAUAGCAGGAAGCAAACAUCUCGGUUCUGGCUACGCACCUAGCCCUCUCAUGUCCUCAAAGCUGGGGAAUAAGCAGCCUUCAACUGGUGGGCUCGACGAGUCCUCAAGCAAGAAAAUGGACCCUGUUCAAACCGGUAUGGACAAGAUACUUGCAAAAUUAGCCUCCAAUUCGCAGUCCGCUGGAAAGACGACAUCUUUGCCUCGAGGCAUGGCUGGAAAAUUAGAUGACCAGCAGCCGUUGCAGACGAUGGACAAAACUCGUGAAUCACGCUCUGUCAGCACCCCCCCUCAAAGCAGCAACCAGGAUCGGUCGAUCUUCGUUAGGGCUACCGCGAGCCAAGCCACGGUGGUUUCUGCUCAGGCUCCCAGCAUGCAUGACACUAUGAACGAGAGAUCUGGAAUCGAUGCAACUGAAAUGAUUCGUUUGCAGCGAGAACUGAUUGCAGCCAACUCGCGUAUUGCACAGCAAGAACAAGAACUGGCAGAGACCCGUGUCAUUCAACAUACUUUGGAUCAGGCCCUUGGUCCACCAUCUGAAGCUGAAUUCGUCGAUCAUGACACCGCCCACCAGAAAGCUCGGGAUCUUCAAACCAUAUUCAACGCCUCUGCAAAGGGGUUCAACCAAGACCAUGAUAUCUGGACGCAAGAUGAUGCUCACUCGGACAUUUCUGAAUCUUUCUCAGCUGGAGCGUACAAUGCCAACCGAAACUUGUGGAGUCUGCCCACCCAGGCAGCGUUUGGAAUCCAGGGCACCGAAAAAGCCUAUCAUGGUCCUUCUCACGGCGUGCAAGACCCUUCCCCUCAUCCCUGGACACCUUCAGCCAAUAGCACGGGCAUGACUGCAUCGGCUGUUCCUCAGCAGCAGCGAAUCUUUUCGGGACCACCUCCCGCUCUAGAUGGAAGAUUUGCAGGCGAACAUCCCUAUAUGGGUGGCAUUGGCCCUGGUUUACGGCGAUCCGUUUCACAGAUGAACCGCGCCCCCGCCUACUUCCAACCAGUGCCGUCGACAUGGGCAGCAUUUAACAACGCAGUCACAAACAACGUCGGUGCCAAAGCUCCUCUGAGUCCUACCUUCAAUGCCUACCAGCAAGUUGAACUCAUUCCCAUACCACAAUACCAGCCGCAUCCUAUUGGCACUCCUCUUUCACCUACGGCUGCCGAAUUCACUUCUAGUAGCGCAGGCCCCAAUCCUUGGCCAGCAACAUCUACUGGACGGGCCUCCUCGCCAACCUAUGUUAUACCGAUGGAGCCACUCAAUUAUCGGCGCUUGCUUGACAAGAACGUUUCCUGUGACUGGAAGUACAUUGUGGGUAAAAUCGUCAGUAACAGCGACCAGCAGGCUUCCAUAUUCCUCCAGCAAAAACUCAAGGUGGGGACUGUGGAGCAAAAGUACGAUAUCAUUGAGGCCAUUGUGAGCCAGGCUUAUCCUCUGAUGGUCAAUCGUUUCGGAAAUUUCCUAGUCCAGCGCUGCUUUGAGCAUGGAACUCCAGAACAGGUUAUUGCAAUCGCCAAUUCCAUCAAAGGUAAUACUCUGAGCCUUAGUAUGGACGCUUUUGGUUGCCAUGUCAUCCAGAAAGCGUUCGACUGUGUACCCGAAGAGCACAAAGCCAUGAUGGUUCAUGAAUUGCUGCGACGCAUUCCAGAGACUGUCAUCCAUCGCUACGCUUGCCACGUUUGGCAGAAGCUUUUUGAACUAAGAUGGAAUAACGAACCUCCUCAAAUCAUGAUCAAGGUCAACGAAGCACUUCGUGGAAUGUGGCAUGAGGUCGCGUUAGGAGAAACCGGAAGCUUGGUGGUUCAGAAUAUCUUUGAGAAUUGUGUUGAAGAUGAAAAGCGUCCCGCCAUCGAGGAGGUCCUGGCAAAUAUCGACCUUCUCUCUCAUGGCCAGUUCGGAAAUUGGUGCAUUCAGCACAUUUGCGAACAUGGUGCUCUCCGUGACAAGAAUCGUGCAAUCGAACACAUACUUCUAUGGUGUGCAGACUAUAGCAUGGACCAGUUUGCUUCGAAAGUCGUCGAAAAGUGCUUGAAGAUUGGAGGGCCGGAGUUUCUAGAUCGUUAUCUCGCGCGUGUUUGCACUGGACGAGCAGAUCGCCCUCGUAUGCCUCUCAUCGACAUUGCUGGUGAUCAGUAUGGUAACUACCUAAUCCAGUGGAUCCUAGUCAAUGCUGCACCCCAUCAGCGUGAGUUGGUGGCAACCCAUAUUAGGAAGCACAUGGUUUCUCUGCGUGGCUCAAAGUUCGGUUCUCGAGUUGCCAUGUUGUGCUGCAACCCUUCUCUCGCAACUCGACCUGGCCCCGGUGCAGGCGCCCAGGUGAAUCGAUUUGCAGCAGCAAAUGAUGAUCGCUUGCAGGCUGCAGGUAACUCUGGUAGCCGAUUCGGCCGUGGCAAUCACUGGGCCCAGAACUAUCCACCUUUUCGCUAA